UAUGCAAGUCCUGGCCCGCCGGCCCCGGCGCCUCCCCUUCGGUCUUUCAUCCCGCGCAGUUACGAAAGCGCGACCCCCUCCCCCCGGAGCUUUAUAUAAUGCGGCCGGGCGGCCCCAGCUCGCCUCCCUAGCUCCACGCGCGCCCGGACCCGCGACCAGGCUUGAGCGCAGCUCCCGACCGGCGGACUCCUGAGCAAGAUGGAGUGGGUGUGGGCGCUGGUGCUACUGGCGGCGCUGGGCAGCGUCCGGGCGGAGCGCGACUGCCGGGUGAGCAGCUUUCGAGUCAAAGAGAACUUCGACAAGGAUCGCUUCUCCGGCACCUGGUAUGCCAUGGCCAAGAAGGACCCCAAGGGCCUCUUUCUGCAGGACAACAUCGUCGCCCAGUUCAUGAACGAGAAUGGCCACAUGACAGCCACGGCCAAGGGCCGAGUCCGUCUCUUUAACUGGGACCUGUGCGCAGACAUGCUGGGCACCUUCACAGACACCGAGGACCCUGCCAAGUUCAAGAUGAAGUACUGGGGCGUAGCGUCCUUUCUCCAGAAAGGAAACGAUGACCACUGGAUCAUUGACACGGACUACGACACCUAUGCUGUGCAGUACUCCUGCCGCCUCCUGAACCUCGAUGGUACCUGCGCUGACAGCUACUCCUUCGUGUUCGCCCGUGACCUGAACGGCUUUUCCCCGGAGGUGCAGAGAAUCGUGAGGCAGAGGCAGGAGGAGCUGUGCCUGGCCAGGCAGUACCGGCUGAUCGCUCACAAUGGUUACUGUGAUGGUGAAUCAGAAUGAAAUAUUUUGUAGCAACACGGAGGGUGUUGUUUCAUUAGGAAACUUCCUAUUAACUCACUCAGCCUUCAACUCUUAGAGUUUAGUUUGCACCGCUCUCCUCCCCUCUCCUCCCCUCCCUUCCCCUCCCCUCCCCUCCCCCACGUAAACAUAAAACAUUCAGUACACGUAAAAAUAUGUGUGGGGAUAAGUGAAUCUCUUUGCACUCAAAUGUCUGUGUUCCCUGGAGUUUUCUAAGGACUCAUUUGAGGAUUAGGAUUCCAGACUUUGAUUUAUUAAAAUAUGUAUAGUCACCUA